AUGGACUGGUACUCCGACGACUCGGACCCGGACAUCGACGAGGACCUGCGGGAGGACCUCGACGCGCUGCGCCGCUCCUGCAUCCUCUCCGGGGCCGACCCGGACGCCGCCGUCGCGCAGGUCUCCUCCGGUCUCGCGGGCCCCUCCACCCCCGCCCUCGCCGCGGGGGCGCCGGGGGCGGCGGCGGCUAACCAUCAUCAUGCCUCCUCUUCGGACGACGACGAGGAGGAGGACGAGGACCUCGCCCUCGUCCGCAGCAUCCGCGCCAACCUCCACCACCUCAAUAAGGCCUCGCCCGCCGCCCCCAGGGGCGACAACGACCCGUCCUCGCCGCGCCCGAUCUGCACGUGGCCGCCGUCCGACACCGACGAGGAAGAGGAUGACCUCGAGACGCUCCGCGCCAUCCAGCGCCGCUUCUCGCAUUACCAGUCGAGUACCUCCACUGCGUCACCGAAGACCAUGAAACCUGAGGCGUCACAGGGAGUCCACAGUGACCUUUUCACGGACCGAUCUGAUGAUGAUUUAGCUGAGCAGAAGCAAAAUGCAAAUGCUCCUCACCGAGAUGGGUUUCCAAAGGCUGCGCUGUUGUUAGUGGAUGCUCUCAAGAAGAACAGAGCAUGCCAGAAGUUCAUUAGAAGAAAAAUGGUAAACAUUGAAGCGAAAAUUGAAGAAAAUAAGGAUCUCAGGGAUCGUGUAAAAUGUCUUUUGGGCUAUCAGUUAAGCUGCCGAAAGUCAGUCGGCAGAUCUUUAGGCCAGAAGGAGGAUCGUCGUGUCAGGUUGAUUUCCCCCCUGAAAUCAACUCAGCCGUGUACAAAGAACAAAUAUAGGAAGAUGCCUGCACUAUUUCUUGGCCCAGCUGAGAACCCACAUGUUUCAAAGUAUGAAAUGGUGCUGAAGCAAUUCCCGAUGUCAUUUAAGAAGCAACCAUGGUCAGAUGCAGAGAAAGAUAAACUUGCCAGAGGAAUAAAGCAGCAAUACCAAGAAACAUUGAUUUUGGACUCGCUGAAUAAUGGAAGUGCUGAUGGUGACUUCAGUGCAGUUGAUAUGGCAUAUGCACUGACAAAUGGUGCUGGUAAUUUUGAGCUGACUCCGGAAAAUCUUAGAUCGGUUCAACCAUUAAUAAACUGGGAUAAGAUUUCUGCUAUGUACCUGCCUGGUCGAUCUGGUGCUGAAUGUGAAUCAAGGUGGCUAAACUGUGAUGAUCCAUUGAUUAACCAUGAAGCCUGGACUGCGGACGAGGAAACAAGACUUCUACUAAUUAUUCAAGAAAAGGGAAUGUGCAACUGGAUUAACAUUGCAGUUACACUGGCUACUCACCGGACUCCUUUCCAAUGUCUUGUUCGAUAUCAACGAAGUCUGAAUCCCCACAUACUGAACAAGGUCUGGACAAAGGAGGAAGACCUUCAACUUCAAGCUGCUGUUGAGACCUUUGGUCAGAAAUGGCAACUUGUAUCAGCUAGUCUGGAUGGUCGCACUGGCACUCAGUGCUCUAAUAGGUGGAGGAAAACCUUGCACCCUGAAAGGACCAGUGUGGGAAGAUGGCUUCUGGAUGAGGACAAACGCCUCAUGGUCACUGUUAAGCUAAUUGGACCUGGCAGGUGGAGUUUGAUUGCUCCGUUUAUUCCUGGCCGAACACAAACGCAAAUCUUCGAGAGGUGGUGCAAUAUUCUUGAUCCAGAUCUAUAUCUUGAUGACUGGCGGCCUGAAGAAGAUUCCUUGUUAUUGGCUUCAGUAUCUGAGUUUGGGCCUUGCUGGUCCAAGAUUGCUAAGACGAUAAUUCCUGGACGUAAUGAUAGUAUGUGCUAUAGACGAUGGAGAAAACUUUGUAAACAUGAAGUCCAGAAAGUUAGAGAAGCCAGACAGUUGAAGAAAGCUAUUUUUCAAACCAAUUUUGUUGAUAGAGAAAAAGAGCGGCCUGCAAUUCGCCCUCAUGACCUAAUAUCACUUUUACCCUCCAAAGGUGACGGAUGUGAUGAGGCCAUUGUAAGGGGUAGAUCUAAAAAGCAAGGCGAAGAGAACCUAGCUGUGUCCAAUAUUGUCGACAUUUCAGCUGGUCUUGAUUGUGUUGCUGCUAAUACUGUUUUGCACACCAGCUCAAGGAGGUCAAGGAGAGUAUCGUCAGGACGUAGAUCAAAAAAGCAUACUGAAGGGAAUAGUAUUGCUGUGCCUGAUGAUCUCAAUGCUUCAUCCAGCGCCCCUAGCUGUUCCAGGAAGAGGAAAUCUAUUACUGGCAACAAUGUAGCUGCAAAAAAGAGAUUGAGGGUAGCUAUCAGUGUCAGUGCUGAUAAUGAGGUAGAGACAAAUAGAAUAACGGACUCUGUGGCUGUUGGUGAAGAGGGAGUACUCAAAAAGAGAACAAGGCGUUCAAAACCUGUUGGCCAUGAGGGGGCUGUCAGAAAGAGAAGGGGAUCUGAUAAUGAGUUAGGGACAAAUAGAAUAACGGAAUCUGUGGCUGUUGGUGAAGAUGGAGUAGUCAAAAAGAGAAGAAGGCGUUCGAAACCUGUUUGCAAUGAGGGGGCUGAUAAUGAGGUAGGGGAAAAUCAAAUAACGGAUUCUGUGGCUGCUGGUGAAGAGGGAGCAGUCAAAAAGAGAACAAGGCGUUCGAAACCUGUUGGCAAUGAGGGUGCUGUCAGAAAGAGGGGCUCUGUCAAUAGGGAUGAUGAGGCAGGAACAAUUAUAAUGAUGGAUCCUGCCAUUGGUGAAGAGGGAGUAGUCAAAAAGAGAACAAGGCGCUCAAAACCUGUUGGCAAUGAAGGGCCUGACUCUAUUGGUGGUGAUGGUGUAGUAAAAAAGAGGACAGGUUCUGUCUCCACUGAAAAUCAUUGUGCUGUUACAAAAAGGAACAGUGCGUCAUCAAGGAGGAGGAAAUCUGCUGUAGUUAAUUUGUCAACUGAGGCUGUGCCGAAUGCUGCCACUGACUUGGAACUUCCUUGUGCAACUUCUGAAGAAAGAGUUGUUGAUGGUGGAAGUAUGGAUAAAGGGAGAAGAAAAUCAACCCCAAGACCCAAGCAGAUAAACAUGUCUGAAGGGGAUGCUGAUAAAAACUCCACAUUCACACGACUUGCCAAUUGCCUGUCGUUUGCCCAAACAAAUGCUUUAAAAGGGUUUAGUUUCACCUGUGAAGAUGACUUUGCCUGUGGAGAUUACAGUCAGUACACGUGGAAUGCCUGGAAUGCCCAAAGGAUGGUGCUCAAUAAGGUGUCAUCAGGCACAGUGCCUUGUAUGUGA